UGGCGCCGGGAUGUGUGUACACGAUCACGCAUUGGCAGUGUCAGUGCGUGACAAGAAGACGAGCCGAGACGACACGAGAGUAGUUGCUCUCCGGUGCCCAGCUGAUUACCGGGCUACCAACCCCCAAAUCUCCAAAAUUACACCUGUGGGAGGCAUCGUCCGUGACCUUAAAGGAUUGUGGCACGGGUAGCGGGCAGGUUAUGAGGCUGAUCAUCUCAUGCUGUCCCCAGCUAGAGGUUGCCACGGCAACGACCCAGCAUCCCGCUCGGGGUCAUCGUAGAAGCUUUCGGACAAAUGACAGCACAGUUGAGAGCUGCAGGAACCCCGGAUUUACUUUUUGUCUAGACGGAUUCGGUGAGGAGCCAGUGGAACCCACUGCCGUUGACUUGAUCUGCUCAAAGCCGCUGGACUAAAGACUACACAAAACCAGUAGAACCCCUUUUCAUUGUCAUUCUUCAAAAUGGCCACAUGGUGCCCACUCAGUGUCGCCGUACUCCUCUGUCGAUUCGCAUCCGUGGUGACGGCGGCCCAGUCCAUAGAGCGGCGCGUCGUGGCCCACAUCCCCGGCGACAUCAUCAUCGGAGCCCUCUUCUCCGUGCACCACCAGCCGCCGGCCGACAAGGUGCACGAGCGUAAAUGCGGGGCCGUCCGGGAGCAGUACGGCAUCCAGCGCGUCGAGGCCAUGAUGCACACGCUGGACCGGAUUAACGCCGACCCCAAAAUCCUCCCCAACGUCACGCUAGGCUGCGAGAUCCGAGACUCCUGCUGGCACUCCGCGGUCGCCUUGGAGCAAAGCAUCGAGUUUAUACGGGACUCCCUCGUCGCCGCCGAUGAUGCCGAGGAGGCCGCGGGAGGGGGCGGGACCAGAUGCGCCGACCCGGGAGCCACACCCAUGAAAGGGAAGAAGCCGAUUGUGGGGCUGAUUGGUCCGGGUUCAAGCUCUGUGGCCAUUCAAGUGCAGAAUUUGCUGCAGCUGUUUAACAUUCCUCAGAUCGCAUACUCCGCCACCAGCAUGGACCUCAGUGAUAAAUCACUUUAUAAAUACUUCAUGAGGGUCGUGCCUUCGGACGCCCAGCAGGCCAGAGCCAUGGUGGACAUAGUGAAGAGAUACAACUGGACUUACGUGUCUGCUAUCCACACUGAGGGUGAGUAA